GAUGAGACGUGAUACACGUAAGUGGAUGCACAUAUAGAACACUAUAAAUAACUAUAAUGUUAUUACUUAUUGUGAAUAGAAUGAAAAAGCGCGCCAAGGCAAUGGCCAAAGUGUAUGUGUGAAUGGCAAUGCGUUCGUGAGUGAAAGAAGAAGGAACUACGGAUUUUGUUCUGAAAAUUUCAUGGGGAAACAGAAGCAACAAGUGAUCUCUCGAUUCUUUGCUCCAAAACCCAAGUUCCCAUCUCUUUCUUCUUCUUCUUCCUCCUCCGCCACCGCCGCCGACAUAACUCUGCCGACCCAACCGUUUUCACCUGCUAAGGUAUCGGCCACAGUCACUUUCUCCCCUUCCAAACGCCUCAUUUCUUCUGCCAUCGCCUCUCAGUUAACACCGCCCAAAUCCUCUAAACGACCAAAACUCUCGCCUCAUACCCACAACCCUCUGCCUUCCAUCCCCAAUCCCUCACUUCACCAAAGAUUUCUCGACAAGUUCCUUGAACCCACCGAUGAUUCUUUCCAACCUUCUAAUCAAAACCCCAGAACCUCAAAUGGUGGUGAUCCCAAAUACAAAUACACCCCUUUGGAACAACAGGUUGUGGACCUUAAGAAGAGGUUCCCUGAUGUUCUUCUCAUGGUGGAGGUUGGUUAUAGGUACAGAUUUUUUGGCCAAGAUGCUGAAAUAGCGGCUCGUGUUUUGGGUAUUUAUGCUCAUUUGGAUCAUAAUUUUAUGACUGCAAGUAUACCCACGUUUAGAUUGAAUGUGCAUGUGAGAAGGCUGGUUAGUGCAGGGUAUAAGGUGGGUGUUGUCAAGCAAACUGAAACUGCUGCGAUAAAGGCUCAUGGGUCGAAUAAGUUAGGCCCGUUUUGUAGGGGAUUGUCGGCUUUGUAUACUAAAGCAACAUUGGAGGCAGCACAGGAUUUAGGGGGAGCUGGAGAGAGUAAUUACUUGUUCUGUUUGGUUGAAAAUAGUAUGUUGGUGGAUAAUUUGGACUGUAGAAUCGAAAAUGGGGUUGAUGUGAAAAUUGGGAUCGUUGCCAUGGAGAUAUCAACUGGGGAUGUUAUUUAUAGGGAAUAUGACGAUAACUUUAUGAGAAGUGGACUUGAGGCAAUGCUCUUGAGCCUGGCUCCUGCUGAGUUGCUUCUUGGAGAUCCCAUAUCAAAGCCAACAGAGAAGUUAUUACUAGGUUAUGCUGGACCUGCUUCAAAUGUCCGUGUGGAGCGUGUAUCGCGAGAUUGCUUUAAAAAUGGCAGUGCACUUGCUGAAGUGAUGUCUUUGUAUGAAAACAUUGACCAAGAUAACUUAACUGAAGAUAACAACCCUGAAACAGUGUUGAUUGGACAAAAAAGUGACCUCACAGCAAUUAAGGAAAUAGUGAACAUGCCUAAUUUAGCUCUUCAAGCAUUUGCCUUAACCAUUCGUCACUUAAAGCAAUUUGGUUUAGAAAGGGUUGUGUCUUUGGCAUCUUCUUUUAGGCCAUUCUCAUGCAAAAUGGAGAUGACCCUCUCAGGCAAUACGCUUACACAACUCGAGGUUUUGAAGAAUAAUGAUGACGGUUCUGAAACUGGAUCUUUAUUACAUUGCAUGAAUCAUACUCUUACAAUAUUUGGUUCAAGGCUUCUUCGCCAAUGGAUAACACAUCCUUUAUGUGAUAGAAACAUGAUAAUUGCUCGUCAAGAGGCUGUUUCUGAGAUUGCUGCAUCUAUGGUAUCUUCAAAAGUAUCUUCAAAUAACGGAGUGUUGGAUGAAGAAGAUUCUGAUGUCAUUGUCAUUGAACCAGAAUUGAAUUACAUACUUUCUUCGGUGUUGACAACCUUGGGAAGGGCACCAGAUAUUCAGCGUGGAAUAACAAGAAUCUUUCACCGAACAGCAGCCCCAUCAGAGUUCAUUGCAGUUAUUCAAGCUAUUUUAUUUGCGGGAAAACAGCUUCAGCAGUUUCAUAUUGAUGAAGAAGAUGACAAUUGUUCCAGUGAAAGUAUUAUUGGCUCCAAGCUCCUAAGAAAGCUGAUUUUAUCUGCUUCUUCCUCUGGUUUAAUAAACAUUGCGGCAAAGCUUUUGUCAACGAUCAGCAAAGAAGCUGCAGAUCAAGGGGACUUUCCAAACCUAAUGAUCAUCUACAGUGACCAAUAUCCAAAGGUUGCUAGAGCUCGGAAGGAGGCUCAAUCUGCCAGAGAGAAAUUGGAUGCUCUGAUCACCUUCUACCGCAAGCAGCUUGGAAUGCGGAAGUUGGAGUUCACCAGUGUGUCUGGAACUACGCAUUUGAUUGAGUUAGCCAUAGAUGUAAAGGUGCCUUCAAAGUGGGUUAAGAUCAAUAGUACCAAGAAAACUGUAAGGUAUCACCCACCUGAAGUAUUGGCUGCGUUAGAUGAGCUAUCGCUGGCAAAUGAAGAGCUCAUGGUUGCGUCUCGUGAUGCUUGGGAUGACUUUCUGAGAGGAUUCAGCAGAUAUUAUGCAGAGUUUCAAGCUGCUGUUCAAGCAUUGGCUUCCAUAGACUGCCUGUAUUCGUUAGCAAUUCUCUCAAGAAAUAAGAACUAUGCUCGCCCAGAGUUUGUACAUGAUGAUGAACCUGCUCAGAUACAUAUAUGUUCUGGACGCCAUCCGGUUUUGGAAGGUACAUUACAAGGCAAUUUUGUCCCAAACGACACAAAUUUGGAUGCAAAUGGAGAGCAUUGUCAAAUUGUAACAGGACCGAACAUGGGUGGAAAAAGUUGCUACAUUCGACAAGUUGCUCUCAUUGCUCUAAUGUCUCAGGUUGGUUCCUUUGUACCGGCAUUCUCUGCGAAACUUCAUGUCUUAGACGGUAUAUACACUCGAAUGGGUGCUUCUGACAGUAUUCAACAAGGUAGAAGCACCUUCUUAGAAGAAAUGACUGAGACUUCACAUAUACUCCGUCAUUCCUCAUCGCGUUCCUUGGUCAUAAUUGAUGAACUUGGGCGAGGUACAAGCACCCACGAUGGUGUGGCCAUUGCAUAUGCAGCUCUGCAUAAUCUACUCCAGCAGAAGAAAUGUUUGGUUCUCUUUGUCACCCACUAUCCCAAAGUUGCUGAGAUUGCGAAGGAAUUCCCAGCAUGUGCGAGGGCAUACCAUGUUUCAUAUCUUACAUCACACAAAAAUCCAAGCUUGUCAGGCCAAAAAUCAACUGAGGACGUGACUUACUUAUACAAGCUUGUUCCUGGUGUUGCGGAGAGUAGUUUUGGUUUCAAAGUUGCACAACUUGCACAGAUACCUUUAUCGUGUAUUGCACGGGCCACAGAAAUGGGGAUCUGGUUGGAAGAAAUAGUAGCAAGAAGAGCACAGCACAAAUCCAGAGAACACUUGCCAGAAAUAUCGGUUAAGGGGUUGGAAUGGCAAAGCUUCCAGUCCUUCCUCGAGAGAAUUGAUGGUUAUGAGGAAUUCUUUCUUUUCUUGAAAGCUACAGUACGUUCUGCUGAUGUCAUGGGGACAUGGUGCCAUCAAAUUUACCAAGCUAGACGCAUGGCCAUGGACUUGUUAGGAAGGUGAUAGAACUCAUUCAUCUUGGAGUGGAUAAUCAAUUGAGUUUUUGUGGGCGAGUAGUGAGGAGACCCCUUGCAUAGUGUACAAAGGGCAUUAGUUCAGUCUGAUUUUCAAAUAUAUAUUAUUAGUGGCUUUCUUUCUUUCUUUUGUUUUGUGGAAUGGCCUUUGCGGACAGAAAUCCAUCUUGUCGAGGAAUAGGGUGAAUUGGACUCGUUAAUGAAGACAAGAUUCCAAACUCUAUUCCUUCUGUCAGCAAUGAUCUCAUUGCAAUAGAUAUGCAACUUCUAUUGCCACAUACAUUGGUACAUUACUGUCCUUCCAGAGGAAGUCAUUUACCCUUUAAUGAAGCUAUGAAAGAUCUUAACUCC